AUGACCGAAGUUGGUGAACAGAAACUGCUAAGUGAGCUGCGUGUGACGGAGCUGAAGCAGGAAUUGGAGAAGCGAAAUUUGGACAAGAAUGGCAUCAAGAUCAUUCUCACGGACCGCCUUGAGAAGAAAUUGAUAGCCCGCACAGACUGGUUCGCAACGGAAGGUGAGGCGUGUCCGUGCGACUGCAUUUGGCACACCGCCAAACCCAUUAUCUACAUGUUGAAACUCGUAAGUGACACAGGUGACUGA